AUGUCGUUCAACGUCCGGAAGCUAUAUCAGAUUGAGGUCUAUGGCCAGGUGGCGGUACUGUCGCCCGUUUCCCGCUUUGUCAGUAAUUCAUUUGAGAAGCUACUCACGUCCAAGAAACAGAAACGGGCUGGCUAUGGAGCUGUGAAUGCUGUUAAUCACACCAACCUCAGGGACAGGUGGGUUCAAUUCUGGAAUGGCAUCACCAGCCAGGUCAACAUUCUCUCAGGAAAGAGCGAAAUAUACACGAAGCACAUGUUGAAGAAUCAGGUCAACCAGUACGAACACGCACAGCUUCUGCUUCUCUGGGUCGGCUCAAUCUCGGCCCUCACAGGGGGUCAGGAGAACCACAUAUUGACUCAAGUGGAGAGAUACUGGAGGUACCAGCAGAUUGACGGCUCUUCUGGGGCAAUGCUGUUUGCUGCAGCCAAGGGACACUUUAGGGGCAAUUUCAUCAAGAUCACAGGCUACUUCCAAGAGAAGUCGAUGAAGGAUGCAGAGUUGGAGGUGUUCAAGCAAGACCUUAUCCGCUACAUCAAGCGCGACAUGGCUCCAAUCAUCACUAUGACACGCGAAUCCGCGCGCAAUACCGACCGAACGCGAGUACCCGACCGCCCGGCAGGCAAGAACUACAUCUGGGACUGGGACAGCAAGGCCAAGGAAUGGGUUGAAGUUAAACUAUGCAAGCAGCAGCAGGAAUCAAAAGCGGGAGUGGACGCAGAGGCCAAGGAAGAGGAGCAGGCGAAGAUAGAGACGGGAACUUUGGACAUAAUCCAGAACAAGUGA